AUGUUAUUUUAUAGUAUUAAAUUAGUUAUAUUUUCAAUCAUAUUAGGAACAUUAACCUUAAUUUAUAAUAAUGACUCUGAUAGCUUAUAUAAAAAUUUGAAAUAUGAUAACAUCGUAUUAGGGCCAAUAAAUUGUAGAUCCUUAGCAGAAUUAUCGCAUGAACAUAGAACAAAUCAAAAACAUAAAAAUAACCAAUUAAGAGAAUACCAAAAAACUAAAGAAGAACAAUACAUAAAAAACAAAUAUCCAAACGAUGACGCAAAAACGAAACAAAAAAUACCACCAAUCACAAAUAAGAGAUUCCCUGGAACACCACCAAAUGAAACGAGUUCUAAAAAAAAAACAUAUGGUAAUGAAAAAGAAGAAAAAUCAAACAUAUCUUCUCGUCGCCUUAGAUAUUUGGAAAUGCAAAGAAAGCUUUAUAAUGAUUUUGAUGGAAAACAAGAACUAUAUUUUCGAAAACUUUCAGAUCAAUCAGAUGGUGAAAAUAAUUCUGGGACAAAAAAACGUUUGAAAAAUUGUUGUAUGUAUUUUCCAUUAGCAAUGCCUUUUUUGAUUCCAUUGUUUUUACGUUCACAUUAUAAAAGGAAACAUUGCAAAAAAUAA